AUGCUUAUUAAUAUCGUAGUGGCCAAUGACAACAGCACAAAUAGUAACAAUAACAAGGAUGUCAGUUUUCUCUUAAAAAAGCCCCAGAAUAUGGUGGAGUUAUUACACAGACAGAAACGUUGGCUUGUCUAUGAUGUAGGAACCUCGUUGCUUAUGACAGCAAACUGUGCUAAGCUUAUACUUGGAGGGACACCCAAAGGCCUGGUGUGGUUAGCGGAAUUAACGCUUAUUUAUUCGUUGCCUGCGGGUCCGACGGAUUGGCUUCCACGUCGUAAAGGGAAGAAGCCCACCAUACCACCAAUACCACCCCUAAGAAAACCACCAGCACCACCACCACCAGCGCCACCAGUAGUGCCCCCUCCUGCCCCACCAGCUGUAAUUCCACCACCGCCCGUAGGAGUGGCACCCAUUAUAGUGCCCUAUAAUCCCUCGAAUCCAACUCAACCUUUUAUUUUGGCCUCUGGUCGCCGUCAUUCCCACGACAAUCAAGACCACUCCGCCUGUCCAGCUUCUGAUUUAUAUAAGGACCGAUAUGGCACUUACUACUGCCGUCCCUCAACUGAAGUUGAACAUCACCGAAGACUACGACGUCAAUUUGAGGAGGAAGGUACGAACGUGUUAAAUGAUCACGCCAAUCCGCAUGCUAUUCUGUUCGAUUUAAUUACAUUGCUAUCCUCAGUGUACAGUUAUAAGCCGCGCUAUUGCAUUAUGCGGACGCUGUGUGAGUCGCGUCAUUUAAUAUCGCCUCCAGGUAGAAAUCUUUUUCAUGAUAUGUUUCGGAUUCUUCUGCGUCAUGUGUAUCCUGAGAUUGCGCAUAAGCCGCAAUAUCGAGAGGCAUUUACUGCUGGCCAUUCGCUGCACGAGUGCUCUUCAUUGUAUGGACCACACUGCAAGCACAGUUUUCUUUUGGAACUCAUAGAACGGUUCCAACCAGAAAAAUCCAAGAAAAAUACAAAAUUGUAA